UGUUACUCGCACGUUGAUCUCUGGUUGUUGUUAAUUGUUUUCUUUUAAUUAUGUUGAUAAUUUUAACAAUUAAUUGUUUUACUAGUGAGACUUAAUUGAAUAUGUGUUAGUUUGUUUACUGUUCAACCUGUGAGCUUACAUGAAACUGUAAUUUAAUUUGGAAAGUGUUGAGUUUCAUGUUUACAUUUUCAAUGUGUUUCCCUUAGUAGUUAUUUUUUUUUUUGCUUUAUCAAUUUUCAUUAUCUAACAUGAAGAUUAUCGUAUUUUUAUAUUUUAUAUAAUUGAACAAAAUUAUUCUAAUCUAAGGAUAAUGGAUCAACUUGAUAAACCGUUAACAUUUGCUAUUGGAUUGGCUUUGGGUAUUGCGGCUUCAUCUAUUACUCUUUACAUUCUAAGUAAGGAAACAGAAGAGGAAAUAAAUUUCCUUUCUGCUUCCAGGGAAAGCAGAGGAACUCAGACUAUUCCAGCAAUCGAACCAAAACUUUCUUUUGAUUUAACUCUUGGCGCUUUUCCUCAACCCGAUGGAGCUGAUGAUGAAAAUGACGCUGCUACCCUUCGGUCACCUUCACCUACCAACACUUUCUGUUCAACAGCCACUUAUCCCUCUGCCUAUUAUGAUGCCGAUGAUUCUGUCUCCUUUUAUCGUUUGUACACUGAAGCCUUGGAUAAUCUUAAAUCAGUUCAACCACCUCGGGUGAUUCGAUGUAAACAAAUGUACUGCUCAAGUAAUUCAGAAUUCAUAGCCAAAGUUCACUGCCUUCGAUUGGCUUUCGCUGCUAUUCUAGAUGAUAACAAGAAUCGAACCUAUUUCAAUAGUAUUGGAAGAGAUAUUUUAGAAAUGAUUUCAGCUGGAAGAUCUUUCGAUGUUACCGAUUGUCUUAAAGCCUAUGAUACCUUAAUCGAAUAUGUUACCCAUUCUGAUAAUCAUGAAGAUAUUCGUCGAGAAUUGGAAGCUCGAGGUAUUCCUUGUCUAUCUUUCUAUGAUAUUGUUCUUGAUUAUAUUAUAUUGGAUUCUUUUGAUGAUCUGGAAGAUCCUCCAUCAACUAUACUUAGUGUGGCACAAAAUUCAUGGAUUUCAUCGGGAUUUAGAGAGACUGCUCUUCGAACUGCCGUGAUGACACUUCUCAAAAUGAAAAGAUCAAAAUUAAUGUAUGAGAAAGGAUUUUUCGCCAAUUUCUACAAUAUUCUAGAUUAUAUUCUUCCCGUUUUGAUUUGGGGAUUUCUUGGUAGUGAUCAGAAUUUAAAUUUCAAGUGUACCCUAAUUAAGACAACCCUGUUGAACGCUGUUAAAGAUUAUUUCAAUUUUGAUUGUACCCGUUACACCAAUUUAAAGGAUCUCAGUAGUGAUAUUUUGAGGAUUACCAAUGACUAUUAUGAGCAGUUAAAAGAUAAACUAAUUGACAUUGAUUAGAGUGUUAAAUUAUUACAACCAGAUUAAAGCCAAACCAACAACAACAACACAAUUACAUCGUCACAAAGAAAAUUCAUUGACACAAUUAAUCCAUAAUUAAUCUCCUUCGAUCAUUAAUGUUUUGACCUUUUUCUCGUUUAAUAGAAAACUUAAAUUGUCUUUUUACAUUUGAUUGUUACAUAUAAGAAAAUGAUUCUCUUUUCCUUCCUUAAAUUUCACUUUCAUCGAAGAAAAAAAAAUUAAACUAGUCUUUCUAAUUGUUUACAA